ACUCUCUUUCUGCGCGCAAAUUCUUGUCUGUUUUCUCUUACUGUAAGCCCUGAUACGAAGCUUGAAUCGACUUCGACGAUGGGGUCUUGCUAAUUUUCAGCUCUAUUGUCCCGGGGGUUCUUCCAUGGCAUGCGUUCGUUCAUCGGAAAAACGAGGAGUCCUGGCCUGAACAGGAGUCAUUUGAUGUCGGGGAUCGUCUCGUUGUCAUCCCCGAUUUCGCUUCGCUUGUGCGCGAUUUCGGCUCGAAGUCUUCGCUGUUGCGCAAUCUCUUGCGGGCGGAUUGUGAGGAUGGCCGCGGCUGCAACGGAGGGCCAUGCGGCGUCUUUCGAGAGGAUGGCCGUGAAACCGCCUUCGCACCCGACCUAUGAUUUGAAGGGCGUGAUCAAGCUCGCCCUGGCCGAGGACGCUGGGGAUCGAGUUUUAGGAGAUGUGACUUGUAUGGCCACUAUCCCUGCGGACAUGGAAGUGGAGGCCCAUUUCUUGGCGAAAGAGGAUGGUGUUGUGGCAGGAAUUGCUCUUGCGGAGAUGGUAUUCCAUGAGGUCGACCCUUCUCUCACGGUAGACUGGUCUAAGAAGGAUGGAGAACAUAUACAUAAGGGUCUUCAGUUUGGAAGAGUUUCUGGACGAGCAUACAGUGUUGUUGUAGCUGAAAGGGUAGUGCUGAACUUUAUGCAAAGAAUGAGUGGCAUUGCAACUCUAACUAAGGCAAUGGCAGAUGCCGCACACCCAGCACGCAUUCUAGAGACAAGAAAAACUGCUCCAGUUUUACGUUUGGUGGAUAAGUGGGCGGUUCUCAUUGGCGGAGGGAAAAAUCACAGGAUGGGUCUAUUUGAUAUGGUUAUGAUAAAAGACAAUCAUAUAUCUAUAGCUGGGGGUGUCACAAAUGCCAUUAGAUCUGUUGACAUGUAUUUGAAACAAAGAAAUCUCCAAAUGGAGGUCGAGGUUGAGACAAGGACACUCAAGGAAGUUAAGGAAGUAUUAAACUAUGCAUCUGAGACCAAUACCUCCUUGACUCGGAUAAUGCUGGAUAAUAUGGUCAUACCCUUAUCAAAUGGUGAUGUUGAUGUUUCCAUGCUUCAAGAGGCUGUGGGAUUGAUCGAUGGGAAGUUUGAGACAGAAGCAUCUGGAAAUGUUACUCUUGAAACAGUACAUAAAAUUGGACAAACCGGUGUGACAUAUAUCUCAAGUGGUGCCCUCACGCAUUCUGUUAAAGCGCUCGACAUCUCCCUGAAGAUCGAUACGGACUUGGCUCUUGAAGUCGGAAGGCGUACGAAGAGAGCGUGAUUCGUUGCUCUGUUUCUCAUUCCUAUAAGGAAAUUUGCCCAGAAUUGGAUGAUCUUUCUUUUCCAUGAGAUGUGAUGUAUUUCCCGCUCGACCACUUUUCUUUCGGCUUUUUUCCAUUGAUGACUGCCAACAAAGUUGUUGGGGGGAGAAAUCGGAAGGCAGAAAGUUCAAUUGACGAGUGGGGGAUGAAAUAUAAGUUCAUCAACCUAUGUGAGGGAAAUGACGUCACUAGUCAUUAAACUUUGGAUCAAUGUAUAAUACUAUUCUUAAAUUUUUCAUUUGUUCAAUAUACUCCUU